GGGGAUCCGGCCGUUCCCGAUGCGCCGGGUCCGGUUCGGGCUGCAGACACCCGCGUGUCCUUGGCUGGGUCGGAGCGUGGGGGGCAUCCUUUUAUUUCGACGGGAUCUGCUCCACGUGGCACCGCUAUAAAGAGCCUUUGAGCGCGUUUUGUCCCGAGGGCUCUGGGAGGGCAGGCUGCGCCCCGGGGUAAGUCGGGGUUGUGGGGCUGCGGAGUUGGUGGAGCGGUCAUUCAGCGCCGCUCACACUGACUUUGGCCCGUGAUUUUCCCUCUGUAUGAGAGCUGCAUGUCUGCGGAGUUCAGGCAGUGAUUGAGCGCUCCUGGGAAUCUGAGCAGCUACAGGGGUGGAAAUGCAAGGUGGAGGGCAGCAGCGCUGACCUUGUUGUGCAGCACGUUGGCUUGAAGGCCAAAGUGGGGCCUCGGUGUCACUGCAGUGCUUCAUCUGGGGUGACAGAAUGGUGGAUGUGCAUUUCUGCGGGUUGAUAAGUCACUGCUAUCUGUAACACAUCCCCGAUGUCCAUUAGUGGAGCUCCCCAUUAGUUGCCCUCUGAGAGGUCAGGCAUUGCUAUUGCUGCUCUUAGAGGGCAUCAGAGCUCUGCUGGAGCUGCACGAGGCUGCAGGAAACCUGCCCAGGUCUGCUGAGCCCCAGACCUUCCUGCCCUCUGGUUGUGCUUUUGUUUGUGUUGCUCACUCAACAGAACUGUUGGCUUUGGAUUUGUGGGAUAUAUAUACGAAAUAAACCUUCAGAGCUGCGGAGUUCAUGGUGUAAUUCAGUUAUCCUUGGGGGCAUUCUGAAAGGAUGAAGACUUCCUGAGCUGCUCUGCAAGGUGGAAAAUCAGGUUGGAAAACAGCAGUGUUUGGUAGCCAGAGGGGGAAGGCUCUUGAGAGCCUCUGAAGCGUGCAGACGGAGCUGAUGAGAGGGUCAGAAAGCAGAGAUCAGAGGAUCAGAACACUGGAACAGAGGCAGGGUGCGAUUUGGUGCUGCCUUUCAGGUGAUGAUUCAGAGCAUGGAUUUGUGUUGUGAUGAAAACACGCAGCCUGCAGGCUGAGGUUCAUCCAAGCCCCGUCCUCACCUCGCAUGGGAGCACAGCUGGCUCUGCUCCUCACAACCUGUUGGCACAGAGCUGUGCUGGGGACGGCUGUGUGCAGCCCCAAGUGACGCAGUGCAACUCUGGGCAAACGGGGAGCUUAGGUGGGGAUUAUUUCUUCUUCAAGGAAGAGCCUUUCUGUUAUAUCCAGGCUGCUUCUCAGAAAUUCCCUCUCCCAGCUCGCAGGACCCUGGGGAAGCACUGAUAAGGAGGACUGGCUCAACUGGUUUGCAGCUCUGCAGAAAUCUCAUGGACUUGUUUACUCUGGAAAACACUCCUAGAUGAGCAAAGAUUUCCCCAGCCGAGGUGGUGCAGAGGCUCCUGAUCCAGCCCAGCAGGAGCUCGGUGCAGGUGGGGGAUGUGGGCUGGCCGGUGCUCUGUGUGAGCAGCCAGGAGCUGCCGACCCCUUCAGGUUCUUUGUCCCAGCAGCACAGCAUGCCGCCAUCCCUCCUGCCAAGGCACGGCGCCAAGGAAGGCCCUGACCACCUCCUGGAGGGCAGCACUGGCUGCCGUGAAGGCGACCCACUCCCCCUACCAGAGGCUGAUGGGGAGGAGGAGAAGCCCCCCCUCACUGCCUGCGAGGGGCACCUUCAGCUGCCCGACUUCUGCUGCCGCCUUCCUCAGGACUUCAUCCCCACCUUGGAGGAGAUCGAGGAGUUCCUGAGGGAGAAGGCUGAGUUCCUGAAGGAUGGAGAGAGCGAGCAGCACGUGGCUGGAGGGAGGGUUGAAUCUGAGACCGGUUCGGGUGGCUCUGAGGGACAUUCACUUCAAGCAGACAGCUCAGAUGGUUCCCAGCCUGGAGGGACAGCAGAUGGGAGCAACCAGGCAGCGGCUGAUGGAGACGUUCCUGUUGUCCUCCAUAUCCAGCCUUUCCAGCUUGAUAACAGCAGCCUGCCGGCACAGCCUGCUGUCAGAGUGACCCAAGUGGUCAUCAGCUUACAGGGACAAAACCUGUCCCUCCUUCCUCAGCUCCAGCCUCCCGUGACCCUCAUGGACCAAAAGUACAUCAGGAUCGCCCCGCUGCCCAACCCAAUGGGAGCGAGGAUGCUGGGGGGUGUGCAGGAUCAGGAAGCAGCCCCUGCGUGUCCAAAAGCCCCCACACGUGUCCACAAGUGCCCACAGCUGGGCUGCAGCAAGGUGUACACCAAAAGCUCCCACCUGAAGGCCCACAUCCGCCGGCACACCGGGGAGAAACCCUACAGCUGUGCCUGGCCCGACUGCAGCUGGCGGAGGAUCCUGGGCUGUUGUGCACCGCCUGGCACAGCGGCUGCGCCCUCCACGCUGCCCUUCUCCCGCAGGUUCUCCCGCUCAGACGAGCUCUCCCGACACAAGCGCUCUCACUCCGGUGUCAAACCGUACCAAUGCGCCGCCUGCCAGAAGCGUUUUGCCCGCAGUGACCACCUGGCCAAGCACGUGAGGAUCCACAGGGGCCAAACAAGCAGCACCAGGAUGUAGGGCUGACCCGGCGAGGAGCAGUCCUGGUGGCAACGAAAGGAGUGCCGAAGAGGAGAAAUGAUUUUGUUGUAGCAAACGAUGCGUGUUGGAGCUUUCCUCAAGGACAGGUUGAGUUCAGGGUUUGUUGCUUUGAAAUCCACGUGGCGGAAAUCUAUUGGAGUCCUUGGGCAGGGUGACGUUGCUGCGGUGCGAGCAGGGACGUGCGUGGUGUCAGCAGAGGCAGGAAGGGAUCGGGAGGGAUGUAAGCAGCAGCACCAGCAGCAAAGCCCUUUUUUCACGUGCUGAAGGAGCAUCUGUGUGCAGAGACACCGACGUGCGUGGAUGCGGGAGAGCUGCAUGCAUUGGCUGGGGGGAGCGCUGCAACUUGCUGCUUGCUGACGUCCUCUUUGUAUUUAACUUCUGGUUAAUUAAAGGCCAACUCUUUGCUACCCGUGCCAGCUUGCCAAGCUUUUGCAAACAUCUGGGAGGGAAUUAGGUGCUUAUACAAACAAAGAAUGAAAGUCAGGAGUUCCAGCGAGGCGCUGUGUCCCUCCUAUGUGGCUUUGCCUGCGUGUCUCAGGCUGAUGUUUGAUGCCUGCAGGCUCUUUGCGACUCAGUGUUUGUGCCAUUAUUCCAUUGUGCUUCCAGGGCAGGAUUUUGUGUCCUUGUGUCGAGCUGCUGCUUUGGUGAGGAGAGUUGGGAUGUACCCAGAAGAAAGGCAGGGAAAUGGGCCAAACCCUGUUCCCCCACCUAAAGCUGAGCCUAAACUCCUUGAUUUAUUCCUCACCUAGGAUGUUUGGGGCUACAAGCAUCAAAAAGAAGGGUCUGCUUCCCCUGAGUCUUUUCCUGUGUGCAAGCCACAGCUAAUGGAACUCUGCUUUGGCUUCCAGCAAGUUGCUCUGUUUUUUAGGAGCUGCUGCAUGUUUUUUUAGGAGAACACCUGCAUUGCUUUCCAGGUCCCCAGGCACUUGAGCAGGGGUUACAACAGAAAGCACUGGAGCUGCUUAACUUCGGAGCCAAGCCUUUCCCAAAGGUCUGGGAGGGCUGGAUUCUGGACGCUGGCUGAAACUCCUCCGUCCUUGGCUAGGUGUGGAUAAGUCUGAGCAGAAAGCUGCUGCCUGCAGCGGGGUUUCUUUCCGUGGGAGCUUGUAGCACCCGUGACCUCAGCCACAGCUCUCCCCUAUGGGGCACACAGGUGGCGCUGAACGCUCCUGCUGCCGCCCCGUGCCCGAGAAACACCUCCUGAGCGAUCGUAACACUGAGCUCUGAAUGACCAGCCAGGGCAGGCAGGUGUGCAAGGGCCUAUUUUUGGUUGCCUUUUGUGUUGGUGGAUUUUUACCUGACCAGGAAUUCACUAAAUGCCCUUUCCUUGAGGGCUUUCUCCAGGGGCUGCGUGCCAACGUGACUCAUGCCCGUCUCGUGCUUUCAUCUGCCCUUCUUUGCUCCUCUCCCUCAUCCAGACUCUCCCAGCACACUCCCUGUUCGUUUUGGACCUGCCCCAUCCUGCCUCCCUCUGUUUGCAGCCGAAGGCAACUGGGAAAGGCGCUUUUCCAAACCGGAGCAAGAAGAGCCGUGCCUCUGCCUUUGUGCCAGGCACUUCUCCCUCCUGCAGCAGCUAUUUGCUGAGCAGACGCACGGGGUGGAUCUGCCAUGGAAGACGGGGCUGGGAGUGCUGGCGGUGCUGGCUUGCUGCUCACCUGGUUUGUUUUGCCAUCUCUUUUAAGCAGACCGCAAAGGGAGGGGAGAGAUUUUUAUAAAAUAAAGUACUCCAGAUGCAUAUCUCUUGA